UAUUCAAUCCUUUAGAUCAGAUCUAGACCAAAACUGAUUUUCUUUCGCAUGCCACUUCCUCCUCUCUCUCUCUCUCACGCUUUAUUCACCGAUCCAUAAACUUAACCUAGCGAUCCCUGGCCUCCUUUGAAGCAAGAGAUUUGGUGAGAAGCGGAGCAGAUCGAGCUUCAUUGACGACAUGACCGAGGAGGACGAGGAGGAGGAAGAGGAGGACGACGACGAUGAUGAAUACGGCCCCUAUCGUGGCGGCGGCGGCGGGAGUCGUAAGCGGAGCAAGAAGAGGCCCUUCGGUGGAUUUUCUUGAUCUCGAAGCGGUGGUCGAUUCAGAUGAGGAGGGAGGUAGAGGAGCAGCUGCAAUCCAAAGUCACAACAAAGUGUUUUUUUGAUAUAGACAUUGGCGGUGAAGCUGUUGGUCGAGUUGUGAUUGGUCUUUUUGGUGAGGUUGUUCCUAAAACAGUAGAGAAUUUCCGAGCUCUGUGCACAGGAGAGAAAGGAUAUGGUUAUAAAAGAUGCUCGUUCCACCGCAUCAUUAAGGAUUUUAUGAUCCAAGGAGGGGAUUUCACUGAAGGAGAUGGAACUGGAGGGAUUAGUAUCUAUGGUUCCAAAUUUGAUGAUGAGAGCUUUGCUUUGAAGCAUGUUGGGCCUGGUGUAUUGAGCAUGGCUAAUGCAGGCCCUGGUACUAAUGGGAGUCAGUUUUUAAUCGGCACAGUAAAGGAAAAUGUGAAGACAAAUCCUCAAUUGCUGUAUGAAUCCAAGUUGUAUAGGAUCCUACAAGGAGGAAGUUGACUGAUCAGCAAGCUUUCCAAAUUUCAAAGAUGCCUGGAGUUGUUUCGGUUUUUCCCAACUCGAAAAGGAGUUUGCACACCACUCAUUCUUGGGAUUUCAUGGGUCUUUUGGGUGAACAGACCUUGGAGGUUUCCGGCUUUAACAUCAAGAAUUAAGUAAAUGUCAUUGUCGGUUUCAUUGAUACUGUGAAUGCAGGAAUUUAGCCUGAAUCUCCAAGUUUUAAUGAUGACAACAUGCCUCCAGUGCCAGCUAGAUCGAAGGGGGUUUGUCAAUCAGGAGAGGCAUUCAAUGCUUCAACUUGCAACAGAAAAGUGAUUGGGGCUACUAUAAGUCCGGUUAU